AUGGGAUCCGUGGUUCCUGCAGUGCAUCCUUUCGAAUUCCUACAGUGGCAGUCUGUGGCCGAGGAAGAGUGCUUCAGGUCCAGGCAGCUCAACGACUGGACAGAUGUCCACGCAUACUGGGAUGCCAGCAAUCAGCCGAGGGACGACCACUGGAAGUCCGGUUCCUGGUUCCCUCAGACAGUGAAUCUUCCGGCGGACAUGCCCUCGGGCCCCGUGACAGUCCGCUGGCUCUGGAUAUGCAAGUACACGGACGAAAUAUUUGUGUCUUGCGUGGACGUCGACAUCGUUGGUGGGGCGGCCACCACAACGGCGAUUGGCACGACCACCACCACGACUGCGCCGAGUCCCGAGUGCAUCUGGACCGAGCCCGCAGGGCGCACACUGGAGCGCACCCCACGGGAGGAGAAGGAUGGCCGAGUUUGCUGGGACGUCACAGUGCCCGCUGGAACCAAGGUCUACUACCAGUCCAAGACUGACAUCUACCAUACGUGGAAUUCAAAUUCUUGCUGCCUGAGUGCAGCAGACAGCUUCGGAUCCGAUGCUACAGGAAGCCCAAACCUGGUCGUGUUCACCCCCACGGCAAAUGUAGGCACCUUUGGCUUCUGUGAGUGCACGGCGUGGGAUCCCAGUAACCCGGGUGCCUGUGCUGGGGCAGCCACAGCCGACAAUAUGAUCUGCCCUGUCCUGGGUGCCUCGAAAGAGAUGUGCUCAGAGGCCGCAUCAUGGGAUGGCCUCCCCGUUGGCUGCACGCCUGUCUUUUCGACCACGCCGUCAGCAACAUCAGCCACCACUACCAUGGUGUCAACCACAUCGCCUACGGACGGUUGCUGCUAUUGGGAUGCCAACAAGGGCUGUGAAGGGAGCGGGUACUGCUGGGAGUCCAAGGCCAAUUGCGAAGGCACCUGCAAUGGCAAGUGGCUGGCGAACGCCCCACCCACCACCACUCCUGCGACGACGAUGGCUCCCACGACCACGGCAACGACUGCGACGACCACUCCCAUCUACACGACCACGAUCAGCGCGACAACCACUCCCAUCUACACGACCACAAUCAGCGCGACGACCACUCCCAUCAGUGCGACAACCACAACUGUGCCGGCAACAACCGCCACCUCCUCGGAUGGCUUUGAGCCGGUGGAUGGAGGUGUGAACCGCGCAUGCCGUGGAGAUCAUGCUGGAGACAAUGAUGCCUCCCACUUCACGAUCGCGAGUGUUGACACCUUGGAUGAGUGCAAGGCGCUUUGCCUGGCGACCGCGGGAUGUCAUGGAAUUGAGAAUAUCGGGAAGAGGUGCGAACUCUGGACGCACCCCGUUGGGACGAGCAUCAGCUUGGAUGGCUACACCUGCCUGCGUCUGGUAGGAGGACCUGUCACUACAACACCUCAUCCGCGUCAUUCCUCGUGUGGCCAGCUACAUGACCAGUGUGGGGGGGACGCGAACUACAUGGGCAGCAGCUGCUGCGUAUCAGGGCUGACGUGUGAGUACAAGGACUCCGAGUACUCGCAGUGCGUCAAGGAUGAAGCCAGCCAAGAACCCUGCGCGCAGAUUUGGCAGCAGUGUGGCGGUGCGGGCUGGGCCGGCUCCGACUGCUGCGUCGAGGGCCUGACUUGCGUUUGGGGCAACGAGCACUACUCCCAGUGCCUGCGCCUUCCCGGCUCACUUCUCCAAGCCGACGCGAAGGACGUCGUGACAGUGUCGUGA